UGUUGCACCUCCAUUGAUAACCUCUGUUUUUCCCUUCUCCCACCCUUAGGCGUUACCCUUGGAAGAAUUAAUUAUACCAAUACUUUAUACGUCCAAUAAAUAAUCUGCAUCACCAUCUUUUUAAGGCUUCUCCCAUUCUUCCAGUUAAUGGUUAAGCGGAAGAUGGGUAACGGUGUGGAAAGUCUUGAAGAGGCGUUAAAUGCUCGUGGAUCAUAUGAAAACCAACCAUUGUGUGCUUCGAAUUCAAAGGAAGGGAAGCCAAAGAGAUUGUGGAAGAAGGUGAAGUACCAACUGGUGGAGUAUCAUUCUUUGCCUGGUUAUUUGAAAGACAAUGAAUUCAUUCUUGGUCAUUACCGCGCCGAAUGGCCAUUGAAGCAGGCCUUGCUCAGUGUUUUUACAAUUCACAACGAGACCCUCAAUGUUUGGACGCAUUUGAUAGGGUUCAUUCUCUUCCUAGUGUUGACCAUUUAUACUGCAAUGAAAGUCCCAGAUAUUGUGGAUCUUCAGACUUUACAAAAUCUUCCUGAAAAGCUUAGGAAGGCUGAUCUACACAAAUUACAAGCAGAGCUUUUACCUUGUAUCCCUUCUUUGCCACAUAUGCCGGAUUUGCACAAACUUCGAGAGGAUUUGCUGCAACUGCUGUCUAAGUGUCUACCUGAGCGAUUUUCCAACAGCAACCGUAUUGAUAUUGGUGUUUUGCGCAGUGUGAAGGAAGAUGUUGCAAACAUGAUAGCACCAUUGCUAGUGACACCGAUAACGCGGUGGCCAUUCUUUGCCUUUCUUUGUGGAGCAAUGUUUUGCUUAUUAGCAAGUAGCACAUGCCAUUUGCUUUCUUGCCAUUCAGAGCGUUUAUCGUACAUUAUGCUGAGGCUCGACUAUGCUGGUAUUGCUGCCUUGAUAUCCACUUCAUUUUACCCUCCCGUCUAUUAUUCCUUCAUGUGCUACCCUUUUUUCUUGAACCUCUACUUGGGAUUUAUUACUGUCCUGGGAAUUGGCACAAUCUUGGUUUCUCUCCUUCCUGUGUUUCAAAAGCCAGAAUUUCGAAGCCUUCGAGCAGGGCUAUUUUUUGGGAUGGGCAUGUCAGGUGUGGCACCUAUUCUACACAAGUUGGUUCUAUAUUGGAACCAACCUGAGGCCCUUCAUACUACUGGUUAUGAAGUAUUGAUGGGCGUCUUUUAUGGCGUUGGAGCAUUGGUAUAUGCGUUAAGAGUUCCAGAAAGAUGGAUGCCUGGGAAAUUUGACAUUGCUGGCCAUAGCCACCAACUAUUUCAUGUACUUGUGGUGGCAGGGGCUUAUACACAUUAUCGUGCCGGAUUAAUUUAUCUGAAAUGGCGUGACCAGCAAGGGUGCUAAGAGACACCAAACAAGGGGAAGAACUGAUCAGGGAUUUAAUGGCAUAUUAGGUUCAUGUAAAAUGUAUAUAACUAUAGUGAAUGCCCUUCCCUUUAUUGUUGACUAAUUUUGUAACUAUCCUGAAAUAUAAGCUGGUGAACGACUUCGUAUAAA